AUGAGUGACGAGUUUUGCUAUUAUCUGCCGUACAUUACGGCCAACGAUGCCAACCAUGAGAUUAAGACAUUGAUAUUGUCAGAUACAGUCACCUAUAAUAUGUAUCACACAUGGAUAACACUGGCGCCGGGAAUUGUGUGGUCAAUGUUUUUGGGCACCUGGAUCGACAAAUACAUAAGCGGUCGCAAAGCUAUAUUCAUUGUGGGCUCAAUCACCCAAACCAUGGAAGCGGCCAUAAAUACAUUGAAUUCAUAUUAUUUCGAUAGCACACUUCCAUUGGGAGUAUUUCUUUCAGGGAAACUCAUAAAUCUGAGUCCAGUCGGAGGUAACGGACAGUUACAUAACACGGGACUUAUAUUCUUCAUCAGCAGUUGCGUUGCAUUUCUAGCCUUCAUUUGGUCUGUAUUUGCAAUUAAUCAACAAAAUGAUAAACAACUCUUUGAGAAGUAUUUCAGUGAACAUUUGGGUCUUAUAGACACAGAGGAUACCACUUCUGGCGCUGAAAGCAAUGAUAAUAACAAUAAAAGUAGUGAUAAUAAUAAUAAUGACAGAAAAGAGUUGGAAAAUAAAAAGCAAAACAUAGGGAAUGAAACCAAACAUCCCUUAAGACUAUUGUUUGAUAUAAACAACGCUAAAGACAUAGUAACCACUUGUACUAAAAAGCGACCAAAUUAUGUGCGAGCACAAAUAUGGUUAAUAAUCGGUGCCAUGUUUUGUGGUUAUUUCAUAGCGGCAGCACCGGGAGCUUUCUUUUUCCAGUUCAUCGAAAAGGUGUACUACUGGGACGCCUCCACUUUCACGCAAAUUAGUUCAAUGGGAAUGAUUGUCAACUCAAUCAUCAUUAUAUUCUUGACACCACUUUUGAUUAAAGUAUUGAAACUCAACGAAAUGUUUUUGGCUAUAAUUGGAUUCUUCGGUGCAUUUCUACAUAUGAUAGCAUUGGGUGUUAUAUUGUCUCCAAUCGGAUAUCUACUAGCAAUCCUGUUUGGUUGUACGGGUACUUUAGGGCCGGUAGGCUUUAAGACUCAUUUGUCUAAUAUAGUAGAGCCGUCAGAAUUGGGGAAAGUAUUCACUCUAAUGGGUGUCAUCGAUGGUUUCGCACCACUAAUCGCUUCCUCUAUCUUCACGAUUAUAUUUGAGAAGACAAUAGACUCGUCAAUACCCGGCACUUGUUUUCUUAUAUUAGCCGCCAUAACAUUGUUAACUGUUAAAUUCAGUAUUAAUAAUUUACAUGGUGACAUACAAUAUGCGCCGGUAGUCAAGACAAGGAGUGGUCAAGUAAGGGGUAUUGUCAAAGACUUGGAUGAUGGCACUCAACUCUAUUUAUAUGAUGGCAUUCCUUAUGCCGAACCCCCUCUAAAUGAGUUGCGAUUCUCAAAGCCUGUCCCAAAGUCAAGCUGGACCGGUGUAUACGAUGCCAUCAAAUAUCGUAACUCAUGUAUACAACCGGACAAAUUAGAGCCAGAUAAUAACAUUCCCGAGGAGUCCUACCACAGCGAGGACUGUCUAUUCUUGAGCGUAUGGACCCCUAAUCACACCCGUCCUGAUGGCCAAAAGAGAGCUGUCCUCUACUGGUUCUAUGGCGGAGGCUUUGAAACGGGAACCAUAUUCUCAUUGGCCACUGAUAUGCGAUAUUUAUCUGUUUUGGGUGAUGUGGUGGUGGUGGCCGUGAACUACCGAUUAGGACCCUGGGGUUUCCUAUAUGCCGGCACCGAAGACGCAGCUGGAAAUAUGGGACUCUAUGACCAAUUGCUUGGACUUAAAUGGGUUAAC